CAGGCAGGCGGGGCCAGGCCAGCAUUAGGAGUGAGCGAGUCUGUCUGCUGCCUCCAAGCAAGCCACUGCACUGCUGACUGCAGACACAGGCCUCACCAUGAAGCUGAUCCUCCUGACCUGGGUGCUGCUGCUGCUGCUGCUGGCGACAGUCCCCGGCCCAGGGCCCAGGCCUACAGCAGGUGCUCGAGAGAGCUGCUCCCUACGCUGUGGGGACCGGAAUGGGACCUGCUCCUGCCACCCGACCUGCUUAGGCCUUCACACCUGCUGUCUAGACUUCCAUGACUUCUGCCUGGAGAUCUCACCUUCCUCGGGCUCCAUGAUGGGUGGCAAGGACUUCGUGGUGCAGCAUUUCCAGUGGUUGGGAUCCAAAGGAGAUGUGAUCUGCAGGUUUAAGGACAGCAUCGAGGUCCUUGGCCAUGUGGACUCCUUGGGGCAAGUGCACUGCGUGUCACCCUUGCUCUAUGAGACUGGCCGCAUCCCCUUCACCAUCUCAAUGGACAGUGGCCACUCCUUCCUUCGUGCAGGCACCUGGCUGGCUGCACACCCUUACAAAGUGUCGCAGUCAGAGAAGGGCCAACUGGUGAACGAGACCCGCUGGCAAUACUAUGGCACCCCAGGCACCACCACAGGGAACCUCAGUCUCACCUGGAACACCUCAGUGCUGCCCACGAAGACUGUCGCCAUUGAGCUCUGGGGCUACGAGGAGACAGGGAACCCGUACUCAGGGAACUGGACAUCACAGUGGUCAUAUCUGUACCCCCUGGCCACAGAUGCCCCCAACUCUGGCUUCUUUACUUUCACUCCCAAACCUGCACUUGCCGCCCAUCAGAGAUGGAGAGUAGGCGCUCUGCGGAUCAUCUCCAGCAAACACUACAGAGGGGAGAAGGAUGUGCUGGCAAUCUGGACCAAUGAUCAUGCACUGGCCUGGCACCUGGGUGAUGACUUCCGGAACGACUCAGUGCGCUGGGCCCGUGCCCAGUGCCUGGCCUGGGAGGAGCUGGAGGAUGGGCUGCCCGACUUCCUAAAGGAGCUGCCCGACUGUCCCUGUACCCUGGCCCAGGCCCAGGCUGACUCUGGCCGCUUCUUUGCAGACUACGGCUGCGACAUUGGGCAGGGCAGCGCUUGCACCUACCAUCCAGGGGCUGUGCACUGUGUCCGCUCUGUGCAGGCCAGCCCCAACUACGCCUCCGGCCAGCAGUGUUGCUACAGGAAAGAUGGCACCCAGCUCCUGACAGCUGACUCCAUCGGCGGCAGCACGCCUGACCGUGGUCAUGACUGGGGCGCACCUCCAUACCGCACGCCACCCCGCGUGCCCACCUUGUCCCACUGGCUCUAUGAUGUCAUGAGCUUCUACUACUGCUGCCUCUGGGCACCUGAGUGCUCCCGAUAUAUGCGGCGGCGGCCUUCCAGUGACUGCCGCACCUACCGGCCCUCACGCCUGGCCUCUGUCUUUGGGGAUCCCCACUUCCUCACCUUCGACGGCGCCAACUUCACAUUCAAUGGGCGCGGCGAGUACGUGCUGUUGGAGGGGGAGGCGGACAGGAAGGACCUGAGGGUUCAGGGAAGAACGGAGCCUGCGACAAUGACCAAUGGCACCCAGGCCCGUGGCACAGGGCUGACGGCAGUGGUUGUACAGGAGGGCAGCUCAGAUGUGGUGGAAGUUCGGCUGGCUGGCGGGUCUGGGGUCCUGGAGGUGCUGCUGAAUUCCGAGGUGCUCAGCUUUGCCGAGGUGGACUGGAUGGACCUGAAGGGCUUGUUCCUGUCAGUAGCUGCUGAGGACAAAGUGUCAAUCAUGUUGUCAUCGGGGGCUGGCCUGGAGGUCAGCAUCCAGGGCCCUUUCCUGAGUGUGGCUGUCCUGCUGCCUGAGAAGUUCCAGAACCACACUCGGGGCCUCCUUGGAACAUUCAAUAACAACCCUGCUGAUGAUUUCACCCUGCGAAGUGGGAAGGUCCUUCCUCUGAACGCCAGUGCCCAGGAAUUGUUCCAAUUUGGGGCUGAAUGGGCCGUGCACAACGCCUCCUCCCUGUUCACAUAUGACUCCUGGGUCUUGGUCAGCAACUUCCUGUACAAACCCAAGCAUGACCCCACCUUCAAGCCCCUCUUCCCCAAUGAGAUUGUCCUCAGCUCUGGACAGGCAGAAGAGGCAGCCAAGCUGUGUGGGGAUGACCAUUUCUGCAAGUUUGAUGUGGCGGCCACUGGGAGCCUGAGCAUGGGCAAUGUGACACGGAAGGCCCACCAGAUGCACUGCGAUCGCCUCCAGAGCCUGCAGCAUGAGGUAUCCUGUGGCUGGCUGGCCGCCCCUUCCAAUGGCCACAAGGAAGACUUCAAGUACCUGAUGGGCUCUACCAUCCGCUUCCACUGUGAGAGUGGCUACAGCUUGGCUGGAGCAGAGACCAGCACCUGCCAGGCUGAUGGCACCUGGUCCGCACCCACCCCACAGUGCCAGUUAGGACGGAGCUACACAGUGCUGCUGAGCAUCAUCUUUGGAGGCCUGGCGGCGGUGGUGCUGGUCACUGUCAUCUAUGUGCUGCUGCGGCGCAGGAAGGGCAUGAACCUGUGGAGUUCUCAUCCCUGAGACUGGAGCACACUCGGGCAGCAACACAGGUUCAUGUCAGGGUCACCAGGACCCAGACUCCCAGGAGAAGGCUGUCUAACAAUCACAUGUACACCAAGUCUAUGGUUUCCAGAUCCCUAGAACUAGGCACCCAAUACCUGGGUUUUUAAUUCCUGUGGACCCAAGACCCAGUGCCUGAUCCAUCUCAGCUCUGAGGCACAAUGCCUGCACCUUGCUUUGUUCCCCUAUUACUCAAGGCUGUAAUUCCUUAGACCUGAGACUUCAUACUCUGGAAUUCUAAUAGCUGUGUCCUGAGCCCUAACACAUCUGUAUCAGAAACUCAAAUUCCAAUACCUCACUCCCUGUAGCCUGGUGGUGACCCUGAUCCCUGACAGAGACCUGCCCUCCUCACCCUGUGGGGCCCCCCAAUGCCAAGGCGCUUUGGAUUUUGCACCUCCAGCCCAGCCUGAGACCCCUGGUGGGCCCAGCCCCAGGGCGAGGAGAGGCCUUAGGACCCCUAGCAAGGACUGCAAUGAUGGGAGGAACCAAACUCCACACUCCACACUCCGGGUUUAUAUUUCUACCUCUUCUGGAAUGUCGCUUGGUAACACCCCUCCCUGUCUGUAUGAGGAGAAAACAAGCUCCCUGUGUCCCUUC